AUCUCGAGGCCGAUGGACAUUUCCCCGAUCAACAUCUCUUCUUCCGGAGCCGAUGCCUCGUGUGCUUUCCCCUCGUGGCCCCGCCGCACCUCGCUCUGCGAAUCCGAGUCUGACUACGAGCGCCCGACUUCCUUCCUUUCCGAUGAGGACUUGAUGGGCGAUGUUUUCGACGACGAUGUGCGCAGUGUUUCCAGCAGCGGCAGCUCGCCCAUGCACUCUCCUCCCAAGGCGCCCUUCAUGACCGAGGCCGAGAUCCUUGAGAUGCAGCGUGAGCAGGCCGCCUACCAGCGCGAGAUGGUCAGCUUGCUCGUCAGGGAGAAGGAGAGGCGCAAGGCCCAGGCCAAGCGUCAACGCAGCGCCGGCAAGGCUUCUUCCAAGAAGAGCACCAAGAGCAAGCUCAGCGCCAUGACUCCCAUCGCCGAGUCUGAGUAA